AUGAAGAAAACCAGUCUUUUGCGAAAAGCUGUCAGAAGAGCCAUCAUUGGCCCAGCCGCACCAAAGAAGACAUUCUCGAAUUCUCCAUUUACAAUUGGUGUUGAGAAUGGAUGUCAAGAGUUUGACUAUGUAAUUGUUGGUGGAGGCUCUGCUGGGUGUAUAAUCGCUGCGCGUCUAGCAGAAGAUGAGAAUGUUACCGUUUGUCUGAUUGAGGCUGGUGCAGAUCACAAGGACAAGCCAGCUGUGAAUGUGCCUGGAAUGGCGUUGCUGACUUGGAAUAGUCAGAUCGACUGGGGAUAUACUACCAAAGACCAAAAGGAAUUACGAUCAAGACCUGCCUACUGGCCACGAGGUAAAGUCUUGGGCGGAUCCGGCUCAAUCAAUGCCAUGAUAUACGCCCGAUGCUCGCCCGAGGACUUUAACGAAUGGGAGCGAGACUUCGGACUUAUUGGAUGGGGAUGGUCAAACAUGCAAGAGUACUAUAAGAAGUUUGAAAGCUACGAGAUCUCAAAGAAGGAGAUCGAUGCUGAUGAACACGGAUAUGAAGGCCCAGUACAAAUCUCUCGUACUGGGAACGGGAAUGUUCACCCUCUUGCUCUUGACUGGGUUGCAUCAGCAUCAGAAUUGGGCGUUGGUCAUGGCCCAAACGGAACUUGUGCUGUUGAGGAGCCUCAUAAGCCUAUUUGUCGUUUAGGAGAUGAUUACAAUGGAGUCAAAGAAUUCGGAACUGGUGUCACUCACACCACCAUCUUUGAUGGCAAACGUGUGACUACGGCAACUGCCUACAUCCACCCUAUGCUGGAUCCAAGGUCAAAGAAAUACCGUCCCAACUUUACGCUGAUUACAGAGUACCAAGUCUCGAAGAUCCUCCUGGACGACAGCUCAGCACUCGAAUGCAAAGCAGUCGGUGUGACUGUAACUCGUGGCCCUGGAUGUCCCAAAAGUGUAAUAUACGCUAAACGAGAGGUCAUUGUGUGCGCUGGAGCUGUUGGAAGCCCUCAUUUGCUCAUGCUGUCUGGAAUCGGUGCCAAAGCUGAAUUAGAGGCCGCUCAGAUUACUUGUCGUGUUGAUUUGCCUGGGGUUGGGAAGAAUCUUCAAGAUCAUUUAUUCGCUGCCAUCCCCUUUAUCAGCAAAAUCCCAGUCUACAAGCACGAUCCCAAGACACUUGUAGCUGGAUUGCAUCAUUACACGUGGCACCGUUCUGGAGUCUUGGCGUCUAGUUUCGUGCAAGCUGUAUCCUUCUUCUCGUCACAAUCGUAUGUUGAUCGAGUCAGUAGUGUAGAGGGACGAACUAGAGCACCACCACCAAACUUGCAAAUUCAUUUUGCGCCAAGUACCAGUGAAAAUCUUUGGUUGGAGAAAACUAAAAUUAAUACUGCGAAACCAGUCCCACUUGGCCCCUUAAAAGACGACGACAUAUUCGACGAAGAAGCACACAAGCUUAAAUCCUUUUCAAUCAACCCACCUAAAAAGUAUCCUAAUGUCAUAUCUCCUAUGGCGUCUCUCUUGAAACCACAGUCUGUGGGUACCAUUUCAAUCAAGAGCAAGUCUGCUUGGGUCGCUCCCGAAAUCCAACCCAACUACCUCUCACACCCAGACGAUUUGGAAGAUAUGGUUGACUGUGCAAUGGAAGUCCGUCGUAUCGUGGAGCAAAUGCGAAAGAUGAAACGUGCUCGUGUUGGUGAAGAGUAUGCUGAUGAGGCCGUUGUUGAAGAGAUCAUGAGAGCACACAAACUCAAUCGAGAAGACGCAAUCAAGUCAAGAGACUAUCUUCGUGAAAUCAUUCGGAGGAAUGCAGUUACGAUCUUCCAUCCUGUCGGCACUUGCAAGAUGGCUGCUGAUUCUGAUCCCAUGGGUGUUGUCGACAGAGAAUGUCGUGUACGAGGAGUGUUGAGCUUGAGGGUUAUUGAUGCUUCUGUCUUCCCUCGAGUAACCGCUGGAAACACAGCUGCUCCGGUCAUGGCCGUAGCUGAACGAAUGGCCGAUAUAAUCAAGGGCUGCCCCGUUUAG